UUCUCAUUUCUCAUUCAGCCUCCUGUGGCUUUUGUUUGCCGCUCUUAUCCACAGCAUAGAGCACAAAACAUAGAGAUAGAUGGCCCCAAAAAACUCAAAAAUGAAAAAUAUCUGAAACAUCGUAAUCCCUCACUUACUACACUACAAAAACCUCUGCAAAUACUCACUCUUGACUCUUCCAUUUCCAUGCUAGACCUCAACCUCGAGCUCUAAAGAAAAAAAAUCCUAAAAGCUUGACCCGCCAUGGAAGUUAGUCCUUUACACGAUAGAUGCAUUUGGUAUCCAAUCCCUUCUUCGUCAUCUUCGCAUCGCCAUCUCUUUCUCCAUUCUAGGGUUUCAGUUUCCACUCGAAACAAUCCCAGGCUUCUUUCUUCUUCUUCUUCUUCUUCUUCUUCUUGUAGAUCGGUUCGUUGGAGAAAUUUGUGCUCCGCAUCGACCUCUGAUACCUUGGUGGCCGGUUCGCGUAAGGAGGACGGCAAGAAUCGUGAGGUUGCGACCAAGAAGAAAGAAGGGGUACGACACGAUGAGUUCGGGGGGGAUUUGAAAUCUUGGAUGCACCAGAAUGGUCUCCCUCCUUGUAAGGUUUUGCUCAAAGAAAGGCCUUCCCACGAUCAGAAGCACAGUCCGAUUCAUUACGUUGCCGCCAGCCAGGAUCUUCAGGUUGGGGAUGUUGCAUUUUCUGUGCCCAAUUCAUUGGUUGUGACACUUGAGAGAGUUUUGGGGAACGAAACCGUUGCGGAAUUGUUAACUACAAAUAAACUGUCGGAAUUGGCAUGCCUGGCUUUGUAUUUGAUGUAUGAAAAGAAGCAAGGAAAGAAGUCUUUCUGGUACCCUUAUAUUAGAGAGCUUGAUCGCCAGCGAGGGAGGGGUCAGUUGGCUGUGGAAUCUCCUCUUUUAUGGUCAGAAGCUGAACUGGCUUACCUUACUGGUAGCCCCACAAAGGAUGAAGUUCUUGAAAGAGCUGAAGGAAUUAAAAGGGAGUAUGAUGAGCUUGACACCGUCUGGUUUAUGGCUGGGUCUCUGUUUCAGCAAUACCCAUAUGAUAUUCCCACCGAGGCCUUUUCAUUUGAAAUUUUCAAACAAGCUUUUGUUGCUGUGCAGUCUUGUGUGGUGCAUUUGCAGAAAGUUAGUUUGGCUCGAAGAUUUGCUCUGGUUCCUCUUGGACCUCCUCUGUUAGCUUACAGAAGCAACUGCAAGGCAAUGUUAACAGCUGUGGAUGGUGCUGUUGAACUAGUAGUAGAUCGCCCAUAUAAGGCUGGGGAAUCUAUUGUCGUUUGGUGUGGGCCACAGCCUAAUGCAAAAUUGCUUCUAAACUAUGGAUUUGUUGAUGAUGAUAAUUCUUAUGAUCGUCUAGUGGUUAAGGCAGCUUUAAAUACCGAGGAUCCUCAAUAUCAGGACAAAAGAAUGGUUGCUCAAAGAAAUGGAAAAUUAUCAGUACAACAUUUUAUUGUGUCUGUAGGAAAGGAAAAAGAAGCAGUCUCAGAUAUGCUUCGUUAUCUUCGAUUGGGCUAUGUUUCGGAUCCUUCAGAGAUGCAAUCUGUAAUCUCCUCUCAAGGUCCAGUUUGUCCAGUAAGCCCUUGUAUGGAACGAGCAGUGUUGGACCAACUUGCUGAUUAUUUUAAGGCACGGCUUGGAGGCUAUCCGACUACGUUGAAGGAAGAUGAGUCUCUGUUGACAAAUAGUAAUUUGGAUCCAAAGAGGCGUGUUGCUACUCAGCUGGUUAGGUUAGAAAAGAAAAUACUACAUGCAUGCCUGCAGGCAACGGCUGAUUUGAUAAACCAGUUACCAGAUCACACUGUAUCCCCAUGCCCAGCUCCUUAUGCUCCAUUGUUGAAAUAGAAGGUAGAUCUAAAAAGAUGAUUUAGCUCACUGGGUGGGCAAUUAAGGAAGCUAAAGAAAUUUCUCAUUGGCCCUUGUAGGAAUAAAGGGCACUUGUCAUGUCUGUAUUUUGCAACUGAAGCUGUGAAUUCCGAAUCACUAGUUUGUUUAGUCCCACUAAUUCUUCCUCCCUUUUGAAGUGUCACCAUUUCUAUGGUUGGGAAGCUUAACACCUUGUAAAGAAGGAAAAGAAAUUUGUAUAUCACUGAUAAAUCUGUACGCCUGUAUAAUCACAGCUAUUUUAUUAUCAUUAUAAUUUUUUUGGUAAAUAUAAAGGCUGAUGACCAGGUUCCAUUCAA